GCUGCUUGCUUUCUUUAAUCGAUAUUUCAACCGUUAAUCGGAGUAACCGCUUCGGCACUCAAUUCUGAAAACUCUAAGACGUUCAUCAAUUUAUUUUCCACAUUCAAUUUUGUUCGAAUCAUUCUUAACUUCCUGAAUAUUUUUCGCAAAAUCUUCACCAUGUCGUCUCCAAUACCUCUUCUUAAAGAUGACAAUGUCAUAAUUGGGGAUGGUAUUCAUGCGACGGAGCAAGUUCAGAGCCAAAACGCAACGUCAGGUCAAGAAAAUAGCAAGGUUGGUGGUACUAAAAAUGAUGACACUACAAUAAGUGCUCACGAACCAGUUAAAGAAGUUAAUAAAUCCGAUCCGUCGACUUCUGCUGCAGCAAGGGCUACGGUUUCAUCAGUUCGACAAUUUGAUGAUGAAGAAAGUGAAGAGACUAUGAGUACGCCAUCCACAUCUACUGUUUCAAUUGAAGCAGUUGAAUCUCCCGAACCAAAACCUACUGGAUCUGCAGACGUGUCGACAGGAAGAAUACUUUUGAAGCGUCGACGUUCGCGUAUAAGCAUGCCAGCUGUAAGUGUCGCUGAAGAAGUGGACUCGGCACCACCUUCGGCCAAAAAACGAAGUCAGAAGAAGCAAAUGGUUGCCCUAUUCUUGGAAUCGGAUUAUCCACGCAGAAAAUAGUAUCGCCGGAGAGAGUGUGUUCAGUCAAAAUUCGUUUCGUGAUAAUUCUGUCCAGAUAUUCGAGUACAAUUAUUUAUAUUUCAGCUUUCCCAUGUGGAGGGGGAGUGAAAAUAUGACCACAAAUAUACAAUAAUUAUGGGAUCGGAACUGCUGUUUUCUAUGACCUCAGCUCCAAAG